UGUCUCUAUUCCUUUACUUUUUUACAGCAUCUAUAUUCUCAUUAACCAAAUAUGACACAUAGAUGUACUAUUUGAUCAAAUUGCUAAAAAGAAAUUGUCCUAACUAGUCCAACUUGUUUGGUGAGGAAAAAAAGACCAAGGAAUUAACUUACUUAUGGGCUUACUCAUAUGUCUAUAAGCAUCUUGCCUCUAACAACUUGUUUGUGUUUAUCUCAUAGUUCAUAGUUACGCAAAAUGUCCGAACGAGGAAAAUUGUUGCUCCAACCUGGUUUUCUUGCAACUCAUGUCAAAACAGAUUAUGAGAGGAAAAAAAAUGAGUGGAUAAAGAGGAACAAUGAGAUACAUAAAUCUCAUGGGGUGAAGAGUAAUGCAACUCCUUUUAUGGAUGAUGAUGACAAUGAGUCAGUUUCUUUUGAGUAGGAGGCCAUAGAGAUGCCAUCAGGCCGUCGAAAUGUUAGAGGCCAUAGAGAUACACCAUCUCCAACCCAAGGGUUAACCUCAUCUCCACAUACACCAUCUCCCCCUCAAAAUGUUACACCAUCUCCAACCCAAGGGUUAACCUCAUCUCCACCCCAAGGGUUAACCCCAUCUCCACAUACACCAACUCCCCAUCAAAGUGGUACACUAUCUCCACCUGAAGGGUUAACCUCAUCUCCACCCCAAGGGUUAACCUCAUCCGCACCCAAUAUCAUGGCACAAUCUGAUCAAGUGAGUGGCGCAGGUCCAUCAUCCUCAAAGCGUGUGCGGGGACCUACUGUUGGCAAAAGUUUAGAUAAAUUCAUAGCACACCACGAAGGAAAAAAGCUCCUUGUUACUGUCCUAGAGGAGAUGAAGCCAUUUUGUGGGGUGAAUGCCACCAUGGCAGCAACUGAUCUUGGGGUACAGAUUAAGAGGUUUUGCCCUACUCAAGGCUUUGCCCAUUCAUGGAAGUCUGUGGACCCAAUGGCUAAAAAAGCCAUCCUGCAAUCUAAUCGAGACAAGUUUGACAUCGUAGAUGGAACAGAGGGAAAUUCACUGGCUGAUGCUGUAACUGACAAAAAGGCCUCCCUUUUGUAUAAAGAUUGGAAAUGUAACAUGAGGCAUCAUUAUAGAAAACUUAGGAAAGCAAAAGUGGACCCAUAUAGUAGUCCAUAUCCAGGGAUGCUUAUGGAUGAUUGGAAGUACUUAAUCGACAAAGUAUUCAAAGAUCCAAAAAUUUGGAAGCGCUGCGUAGCUGGAAAAAAAAACAGGAAAAAACUCCCGUAUAAUCACACUAUGGGGUCCAAAUCUUUUCCUGCUGCGAUGUCCAUUGAGGCUGAAGGACAUGAUAAUGAACUUCUCGAUUUCUGUGAAUUCUUCAAAAAAUCACAUACGCUGAAGAAGACACAAUAGUGGAUCAAACCUACUUGUGCAGUGCUACAUGUAUCGAUGGAAAAAGCGCGAGACGAGGCAUUGGAGUCUGGAGUCUCGUUGACACAUGAGGAGCUUUCAACAAAGGUGUUGGGAAAAGGAAAGAAUCCUAAAUACCUUAGAGGACUUGGGGUUGGCCCAACACCCACUUCCUUAUCUUUCAAAUCACAUCUUGAGUCACGAGCACAUUCAGAGUUGCUGAGUAUCAUAUCUGAAAUGGAGUUACUUCGUGAGGAACAACAGUGAGAGCGAGAGGUGUAUCAGCGUGAGCGAGAGGAGUGAGAAAGAGAGCGCCAAGAAGAGCGAGAUCGCUUUGCUAGGCUUGAAAGCCUUGUCACAAAAUUCCUGGACACUAGUGGAACUCCUUGAUAUGAGAUCAGUCAAUGGAUGCUUUUUGUAAAUGAAGCAAUUUGAAAGAUGAUUUUUGCUUUUGAUGGACAGAUUUUGUAUAUGGAGUAAUUUGGCAGAUGACUUUUUGUCGUGAUGGAAAGACUUUGAUGGACAGAUUUAGUAUAUGGAGUAAUUUGGCAGAUGAUUUUUUGUCGUGAUGACUUUGAUGGACAGAUUUUGUAUAUGGAGCAUUGGCAGAUGAUUUUUUGUCGUGAUGGAAAGACUUUGAUGGACAGAUUUUGUAUAUGGAGCAUUGGCAGAUGAUUUGUUCUCGUGAUGGAGGACUUAGAUGGAUGGUUUUUGUUUACUUAAGACUAUUGACUUGUGGUUUAUGAUUAUGAUGGAUAUG